CGCCAUUAUAUUUAGGGAUUUGCCCGGUGGCCUGCCAGCUGGGAGGAGAGACAGGGAAGCCGCCCCGGAAGCGCGGCUUUCAACCUCCAGCGUCGCAGCCCAGACGUCCAGAGCAGCGGGCUUCAGAGCUGCCGGUGUUCCCAGGAAAGCUCCCCGGGGCGGAAGGCGCCCUUGAAAGCCGGAACGUUUGGCUGCCGCUGCGGCAGCCCCGGGAGCCUUCCGGAGAGCGGGCCGGGCGCGCGGCGAUGGCGGUGGCGCCGGCCCUGAAGCACUGGCGCACUACCCUGGAGCGGGUGGAAAAGUUCGUCUCGCCGCUCUACUUCGCCGACUGUAACCUCCGCGGCAGGCUCUUCGGGGACAGCUGCCCGGUGGCCGCGCUCUCCAGCUUCCUGACGCCCGAGAGGCUCCCCUACCAAGAGGCAGUCCAGCAGGACUUCCGCCCCGCGCACGUCGGCGACAGCUUCGGACCCACAUGGUGGACCUGUUGGUUCCGGGUUGAGCUGACUAUCCCAGAGGCAUGGGUGGGUCAGGAAGUUCAUCUGCGCUGGGAAAGUGAUGGAGAAGGACUGGUGUGGCGCGAUGGGGAACCUGUCCAGGGUCUGACCAAAGAAGGGGAGAAGACUAGCUAUGUCCUGACCGACAGGCUAGGGGAAGGAGACCCCCGGAGCCUGACCCUCUAUGUGGAAGUAGCCUGCAGCGGGCUCCUGGGAGCUGGGAAGGGGAGCAUGAUCGCGGCCCCUGACCCAGAGAAGAGGUUCCAGGUGAGCCGGGCUGAGCUGGCCGUGUUCCGCCGGCAUGUCUAUGAGCUCCUGGUGGACCUGGAGCUGCUGCUGGGCAUGGCCAAGGGCCUUGGGGAGGACAACCAGCGCAGCUUCCAGGCCCUGUACACUGCCAACCAGAUCGUGAAUGUGUGUGACCCUGCCCAGCCUGAGACCUUCCCAGUGGCCCAGGCACUGGCCUCCAGGUUCUUUGGCCAACGUGGAGGUGAAAGCCAGCAUACUAUCCAUGCCAUGGGGCACUGCCACAUUGAUACAGCCUGGCUUUGGCCCUUCAAAGAGACAGUGCGAAAAUGUGCGCGGAGCUGGGUGACAGCCGUGAGGCUCAUGGAGCAGAACCCUGAAUUCAUCUUUGUCUGCUCCCAGGCACAGCAGCUUGAAUGGGUGAAGAUCCACUACCCUGGCCUGUAUGCCCGGCUCCAGGAGUUUGCCGACCGUGGGCAGUUUGCACCUGUCGGGGGCACCUGGGUGGAGAUGGAUGGGAAUCUUCCCAGUGGAGAGGCCAUGGUGAGGCAGUUCCUGCAGGGCCAGAACUUCUUCCUGCAGGAGUUUGGGAAGAGGUGCUCCGAGUUCUGGCUGCCAGACACAUUUGGCUACUCAGCACAGCUGCCUCAGAUCAUGCGCAGCUGUGGCAUCAGGCACUUCCUGACUCAGAAACUAAGCUGGAACUUGGUGAACUCAUUCCCGCACCACACCUUCUUCUGGGAGGGGCUGGAUGGUUCCCGUGUGCUGGCCCACUUCCCACCUGGUGACUCAUACGGGAUGCAGGGCUGUGUGGAGGAGGUGCUGAAGACAGUGGCCCAAAACCGGGACAAGGGGCGGACCAACCACAGUGCCUUCCUCUUCGGCUUUGGGGACGGGGGUGGUGGCCCCACCCAGACCAUGGUGGACCGCCUGAAGCGGCUGCGCAAUACAGACGGGCUGCCGAGGGUGCAGCUGUCUUCUCCAGGAAGGCUCUUCUCGGCGCUGGAGAGCGACUCAGGGCAGCUGUGCACGUGGGUCGGGGAGCUCUUCCUAGAGCUACAUAACGGCACCUAUACCACCCACGCCCAGAUCAAGAAGGGGAACCGGGAGUGUGAGCGGAUCCUGCACGACGUGGAGCUGCUUAGCAGCCUGGCCUUGGCCCGCAGCGCGCGGUUUCUGUACCCAGCAGCCCAGCUGCAGGGCUUGUGGAGACUCCUGCUGCUGAACCAGUUCCAUGAUGUGGUGACUGGAAGCUGCAUCCAGUUGGUGGCAGAGGAAGCCAUGUGCCACUAUGAAGACAUCCGUUCCCAUGGCAACACACUGCUCAGUGCUGCAGCUGCAGCCCUGUGCGCUGGGGAGCCAGGUCCUGAGGGUCUCCUCAUUGUCAACACACUGCCCUGGAAGCGCACUGAAGUGUUGGCCCUGCCAAGGCCUGGUGGGGCCCACAGCCUCGGCCUUGUCCCCAGCCCUGGUGACAGUGCCCAGCAUGGGCUAUGCUCCUGUUCCCACCCCCGCCUCCCCGCAGCCCCUGCUGCCCCAACAGCCUGUGUCAGCAGUGCAAGAGGUGAGUGCUGGCAUGUCCACGGGGUGCGGCUGUCCUGGGCCAUCCCUAACAGAUGUCUGAGGAGCAGGUGGCAAGGCGGGGCCGGGGGGGCAGGGCCGGGGGGCUGUUGGCUGCGGGAGGCCCGCGCACACUCAGCCCAAAGGCCUCCUCCCACCGAGACCGACGGUGCUGUGACUCUGGACAAUGGCAUCAUCCGGGCGAGGCUGGACCCCACUGGCUGCCUGACAUCCCUGGUGCUGGUGGCUUCUGGCAGAGAGGCCAUUGCUGAGGGUGCCAUGGGGAACCAGUUCGUGCUGUUUGAAGAUGUCCCCUUGUACUGGGACGCGUGGGACGUCAUGGAUUACCACCUGGAGACACGGAAGCCAGUGCUGGGCCAGGCAGGGACAUUGGCAGUGGGCACUGAGGGUGGCAUGCGAGGCAGUGCCUGGUUCCUGCUGCAGAUCAGCCCCAGCAGUUGGCUGCGCCAGGAGGUCGUGCUGGAUGUUGGCUGCCCCUAUGUCCGCUUCCACACUGAGGUGCACUGGCACGAGGCCCACAAGUUCCUGAAGGUGGAGUUCCCUGCCCGUGUGCGCAGCCCCCAGGCUACCUACGAGGUCCAGUUUGGCCAUCUGCAGCGGCCCACCCACUACAACACCUCCUGGGACUGGGCUCGAUUUGAGGUGUGGGCCCACCGCUGGGCGGAUCUGUCAGAGCACGGCUUCGGGCUGGCCCUGCUUAAUGACUGCAAGUACGGCGUGUCGGUCCGAGGCAGCGUCCUCAGCCUCUCUCUCUUACGGGCACCUAAGGCCCCCGACGCCACUGCAGACAUGGGGCGCCACGAGUUCACCUACGCGCUGAUGCCACACCAGGGCUCUUUCCAGGACGCCGGCGUCAUCCAAGCUGCCUACAGCCUUAACUUCCCCCUGUUGGUGCUGCCUGUCCCGGGCCCGGCACCCACUGCUGCCUGGAGCGCCUUCUCAGUGUCCUCGCCCGCGGUGGUGGUGGAGACCGUCAAACAGGCCGAGGCCAGCCCGGAGGGGCGCAGGCUGGUUCUACGUCUGUACGAAGCCCAUGGCAGCCACGUCGACUGCUGGCUGCACACGUCGCUGCCAGUUGAGGAAGCCUUCCUCUGCGACCUCCUGGAGCGGCGCGACCCCGCUGGCCUCCUGCCCCUCCAGGACACCCGCCUGAAGCUCGCCUUCUCUCCCUUCCAAGUGCGGUCCCUGGUGCUCGUGCUGCGGUCCCCAGCAAACUGAGCCCCUGAGGGCGGGGUUUUGUUUGGGAAGCCUUUGGGGGCUCCUCAUUUGGCCUCCCCAACCUGAAGCAAGGUUCUGUCACUGCUUGAGCAAUAAACCCUUGGCUCAGGAAC